CCCGCCCCCCGGUCCGGGUGCGGGUGCGGGCCCCGCGUCCCCGCCGGGAGAGGCGCGGAUGGCGGCGGCGGCGCAGGCGGCCGGGCCGGCUCUGUACGCCUGCACCAAGUGCACGCAGCGCUACCCGUUCGAGGAGCUGUCCCAGGGGCAGCAGCUGUGUAAGGAGUGCCGCAUCGCACACCCCGUCGUCAAGUGCACCUACUGCCGCUCUGAGUUCCAGCAGGAGAGCAAAACCAACACCAUCUGCAAGAAGUGUGCCCAGAACGUCAAGCAGUUCGGAACGCCCAAGCCUUGUCAGUAUUGUAAUAUUAUUGCAGCAUUUAUUGGCACGAAAUGUCAGCGUUGCACCAACUCAGAAAAGAAGUAUGGCCCACCUCAAACGUGUGAACAGUGCAAACAGCAGUGUGCUUUUGAUCGAAAAGAAGAGGGAAGAAGGAAGGUUGAUGGAAAGUUGUUGUGUUGGCUCUGCACCCUGUCCUACAAGCGAGUGCUACAGAAGACAAAAGAACAGAGGAAGAGUCUAGGAUCUUCACAUUCUAACUCCUCAUCUUCAUCUCUUACUGAGAAAGACCAGCAUCAUUCGAAACACCACCACCAUCACCACCACCAUCAUCGUCACAGCAGUAGUCAUCAUAAAAUCAGCAGUCUGAGUCCAGAACAAGAUCAGGGACUAUGGAAACAGAGCCAUAAAUCCUCUGCAGCUAUUCAGAAUGAAACUCCAAAGAAAAAACCCAAACUGGAAUCCAAGCCAUCAAAUGGAGAUAGUAGCUCUAUAAAUCAAUCAGCAGACAGUGGGGGAACUGACAACUUUGUUCUCAUAAGUCAGCUGAAAGAAGAAGUAAUGUCGCUUAAACGUCUUCUGCAGCAAAGAGAUCAGACUAUUUUAGAAAAAGAUAAAAAGUUGACAGAGCUGAAGGCAGACUUCCAGUACCAGGAGUCCAACUUGAGGACAAAAAUGAACAGUAUGGAAAAAGCUCACAAGGAAACUGUGGAACAGUUGCAGGCCAAAAACAGAGAACUGCUCAAACAGGUUGCAGCAUUGUCAAAGGGUAAAAAGUUUGAUAAAAGCGGGAGUAUAUUAACGUCUCCCUGAGGAACUGGUUAUCCAUGGGGUUUACUACUCAACGUAAAUUUGAGUAAUUCUGUGAAGCCCUUAAAAUCCUGUGUAGUUGAAAAAAUAUUUUUGCACACCAGAUUAGUUGGCAUGUUUCCUACACAUUUUUAUAAUUAAUAAGCAGCUUUUUUUAGUUACUGUUCAGAUAAAAUACUUCAACUGGCUUGAAGAAUGUUUUUUAUUUUUUUUAUAUUGGAAGCUUUUUGCCAGCAAUAGUAUUAAAAAAUGGCAUAGAGAACAUAGCAGUGCUCUCUCUAAAAGGACAACAUGCAAUAACAAACUAGGUGUACUUUUUACAAAGCAGCAACUGAGUCUUUUAAACUGUACGGAUGUCAGCCAAAAGUUCAUGAAUCUGCAGUGACGCUGAACACUGGUUUCUGGCAACUGUUCUUUUGCUUUGUAUCAAAAUACAAAUUUAGAAUGGACAUCAUGGUGCUCAAGUGAAACUAAAAAAAAAAAAGACGUAUAUGUAUUUGUAAAUACAACUGUAACGGUUAUAUUCUUAGUUAUAACAAGUAAUUAGUGUUUUACAUUCUUGUGAUAGGGAUUUACUGAAAGAUUAUCUAUUGUACAGUAACAGAGGCAGCGUGGUUUUUGUAAGAUUUACUGUAGAUUUUUCUUGCAAGUGCCUUUCUCCAACUGUUUAUUUAUAGGAAUGUUGGUAUUUUGUACAUAAGGUUUUUAUGUUUUAAAAUCAUGUUUAAUAAAUGUUUUAUGUAAAUAUAAAUGUGUGUACAGAGGAAUCUGAAUCACAGAUCAAAGUGGCUAGUGCAGUGCUUGAAGCAGCAUCAAGAGCUAGCUAAUUCAUGGACAGUGAGUAUUGGCUUUAGAUAACCUUUGUAGCUUGUCUGUGAGCUGUAGAGUUUUGUUAGUGCUGCUCAUGCCAAACACGUCCUGAAGAAAAAAAGAAAUGUUUUUUGUUUGUUUGUUUUUUUGCGACACUAAAGUUUAGCAGUUUGUUUACAUAUCUCUCUGUUUGGCACAGUGCUAUAAUUUUAAGUCCAUGGCAGGCAUUGUACCCCCAAUGUAACAUUUUAAAUUAGCAAUAUACACUCAAAUUUAAAUAUAUAUUCCCCACUCUCUGAUUUAAUUACUUAGUUGUAAAUUAUGGUUACUCUUCUUAAUGAACUGCAAGGUUCUCAUUCCCUGGUAAAGACAGACAACGUGAAAAGAGUAGCCAGAACUAAUGGUCUUGAAAUGGAGAAUGGAUAUGUUGUCAGAGGGAGGGUGUUUUAAUGUUUUUGGGUAGAUUUUGAUUCUAAAUUACAUCAGUUUAGGUUUAACUCUGCUCCUAAUGGACAUCAGUCAUAUUUAGAAAUUUCUAUUAACCAUAACCUAGUAUACCCCAAGGUCUCUGUUCAGGAAGGUGAGUUACAACUCAGCAUAAAGUGAAGUAGACUUACAUGAGUAAAGGUUUAGUUCAGCUCUGGGUACUGACUGGUAACAGGGUAACUGUAUUUCAGUAAGUUUAACUGUGUAGAAUAAGCUAUACGCCUUUUAAUAAAAGAACUGAAAUCUAAAGUUACUUGGCUGUCCACCUGUGUACUCAACUGUGAAUGCCUUUUCAGUAGUUCAAACAAGUUCCAGCAGUGACAGACUAGCGAAUGAUUUGAAAAAUCAUGCUAGCUUAUUUCGUAUGGUUUACGUGUAUUUUUAUACACUACAAUCAACUUCGUAUGUUUAUAAAUUCUCCUUCUUUAAAAUUCCUAAACUAAGCUAGAGACUGCUGCUAUCCUUUUGGGAUGCUAGUCCUUUUUGCUUUUUAAUAUACAAAUUUAUGACUCGUUAAUUCAGAGUAGUAUUUUGAUACUAUUUUUUUCCACUUGAAUGGCAACCCACGUUUGGUGAAACUGGUUUUAGAACAUGAAACUGCAUAGCAAAUUGAAAUAUUUAAAUUAGAAUCACUUACUGAUACCUGUUCAAGCUGCAGUAAGGACAUUUUAAAGGAACAAACUGAAGUUCUGUAUAUGAAGUAAUUCAUUUUAUAAUCCCAGACAAAAACAAAAACUUUUAGGGGCUUCACAGUAUUUAGUUCUAAUUAAAUACCUGCUCUUUUGUUCCAUAAACUCAUUUUUUUACCUUGAAUUUUUUAAAGUUAGAAACUAGCCAGCUGAAUCCCGAUCUUGAAAAUAGUGUCCUGGAGCUGUAGGGUAUUGACAUAAUAAACUGAUGUUCUUUGAACGUGGAUCUGCAAGGAGAUUGUUGUAAUGUAUUGUGCUUUUUAGCCUGUUUCCAGAUGUUGAUUAGCGUUGACCAGUAAUGGCCAUUUUGGCUCAAGUUAUUUAUGUAUUUUAAGCCUGUGAAUAUUGCGGCCCCCUUUUAGCUAGGGGGUCUAAAUACGCGUUCUGCAGUGAGGCUCUUCAGCUGUCCACUUGUAUAGACUAUUGAAAUACUGUACUGGCACACAUCUGACUGUUGACAUUUUGUACCUUUUCUAAAUCCAAUGUUUCACAAUAAAAUCUUGUCAAAACAUUAA